CCCUCCCCUGCCCUUGGAAGGAGAAAGCGGGCGACGAGCGCUCGCAGCCGGCGGGGUGGAUCCCACGGCGUGCAGCGCUGCGGCCUGGCCUCUGUCGGACCCGCUGUGCACCCGGAGCGGUUUCCAAGCUCGGUCCUACCCUAUCCGCUGCCGUGGUAGCUACGUCGCGGAGCCAGGGAAAGGCUCUUGCUUGAACCGUGAGAUUCCUUAGUGAGAAGGUGGAGAGGCCGCGGGGCGACUCUUAGAGCAUCUUUCGGCCGCGCUCAGCUCCUCUCCGGGGCCAGUGCGGCUUCUCCUUGAGCUGGUGCGUCCGCAGUCCCGCCAAGUCCAGGCCAGCAGUCACCCAGGUGGGGAGCCAGCCUGAAAGGAACAGCGGAAGGAGUUUCCUGAACUGUGCUGUCGCUCACUGGCUCGCACCAAUCACCACGCAGUUCACUCUUGGGCCCGCCUCUUCGGGGGCGUGUCCCCAGUGAGUGAUAGACGGAGCCGCCCGGCCCUGCUCAGCCCAGCCCACGUUGCUGCUUAGAUUGAAAUGCAGAGCUCAAGCCUCUUUCAUCGGGGCACAGACUUCCUUUUACUCCUUCCUUUUGCACUCUUGCCUCCUCCUCCCGGGAAGAAGCGGAGGCAUCGGCGGCCCGGGGUAGCAACAGGCUGGGCCACUGAGGCCGCGCGAAAAGUUUCCUCCUGGCAGUGCGGAACUGGGGCCGGGUUGGUGUACUGCUCGGAGCAAUGGAGCCAGCCUUCGGGGAGGUGAACCAGCUGGGAGGAGUGUUCGUGAACGGGAGGCCCCUGCCCAACGCCAUCCGGCUUCGCAUCGUGGAACUGGCCCAACUGGGCAUCCGACCGUGUGACAUCAGCCGGCAGCUACGGGUCUCGCACGGCUGCGUCAGCAAGAUCCUGGCGCGGUACAACGAAACGGGCUCGAUCUUGCCAGGAGCCAUCGGGGGCAGCAAGCCCCGGGUCACCACCCCCACAGUGGUGAAACACAUCCGGACCUACAAGCAGAGGGACCCUGGCAUCUUCGCCUGGGAGAUCCGGGACCGCCUGCUGGCGGACGGCGUGUGCGACAAGUACAACGUGCCCUCAGUGAGCUCCAUCAGCCGCAUUUUGCGCAACAAGAUUGGCAACUUGGCCCAGCAGGGUCAUUACGACUCAUACAAGCAGCACCAGCCGGCGCCGCAGCCAGCGCUGCCCUACAACCACAUCUACUCGUACCCCAGCCCCAUCACGGCGGCGGCCGCCAAGGUGCCCACGCCACCCGGUGUGCCUGCCAUCCCCGGUUCUGUGGCCAUGCCGCGCACCUGGCCCUCCUCGCACUCGGUCACUGACAUCCUGGGGAUCCGCUCCAUCACCGAUCAAGUGAGCGACAGCUCCCCCUACCACAGUCCCAAGGUGGAGGAGUGGAGCAGCCUGGGCCGCAACAACUUCCCCGCUGCUGCCCCACACGCUGUGAACGGGCUGCAGAAGGGAGCCUUGGAGCAGGAAGCCAAGUACGGUCAGGCACCAAAUGGCCUCCCAGCUGUGAGCAGCUUUGUGUCGGCGUCCAGCAUGGCUCCUUACCCUACUCCGGCCCAAGUGUCGCCUUACAUGACCUACAGCGCUGCUCCUUCUGGUUACGUGGCGGGACACGGGUGGCAACAUGCCGGUGGCACCCCUCUGUCUCCCCACAACUGUGACAUUCCCGCGUCGCUGGCGUUCAAGGGAAUGCAGGCAGCCAGAGAAGGUAGUCAUUCUGUCACGGCUUCCGCACUCUGAUGGGAAGUUCGUCUGCAGCAGCUUCGCCCGGGUCUCCCCGCUCCCACGACGCCCUCCCCAGCCGGGUCUCACACCCCACCUCUCCUGCCCGCCAACCCUCCUGCCUCAAGAGCUGGCUUUACGGACUCACAUUCUUUGUUUUGAUGACACUUAAAUAUUUCUUGCCAUAACUUUUCUCUUGCAGAAAAACUGACACGACUUUAGGAUUUAAAAACAAAAGCAACGUUAAGGAUUGAAUGAGACAUUUGUGUUGCCACACACUGUCUUAACGUAGUGAAGAAACCUACACCCCUCAAAGGGCUUAAGGAACUUUUAAAACUAGUCUUUGGUAAAACCACAUGUGCAUAUUUAUUCUAAAUCAACCUGAACUUUUGAAACGUGCAAUUGUUGAGAUUUUGCAAAAUCAGUAAAGGAAGAUACAUAUAGAAAAACGCUAUGCUACACCCUCUAAUCAAAUAUGGUAACCAAGUAAGCCUUAAUUCAUUAGAAAACCAAUCAAUAAUUGACUUGUUUGAGUGAUCCUUUAUUAUUUUUAAGAGAUGACCUAUUUUGUUGAAAAAUAUGUGUAGAACCCAAGCGAUAUCUGAAUUGAGCUCCUCCUGGUGUUUUGACUUGGUUCCAAACACAAUAAUGUUUAUAUUUUCUAUUAGUUUGUAAAUAUGGACUCCGGAUGGUGCAUUUUUGUCUUCAUUCCAUAAGAUAUCCCUCUCCCCGCAAGCCCACCCCUUCUAUAUUUUUUUCUUUCUUUUUGCAAAGGUGACUUUCUGGCAACGUCUUUGUCUCUGUUUGGUGGUGGGCUGCUUGGGCUUCUGGACCUGGACUUGCCCCCAGAUUUGGUGUGUGCAGUGAAGGCUUCAACAUCUCAUGAAGGACACUUUCUUUCUACAGCAGAGGACACAAAAAACAGAUAAAACAAGCCAGUCUCCCAUUUUGUAUCCUAAUCAAACAACACACAUGCCAAGCAUAUAAAGACAAGAGGGUGAAAAAUAUCUGAAUAAGAAGGCUCUAAAGGAAGUCACUUAGAAACUUAAGUUCAAUGUGAAAUGUUUUGCCAAGACACUUAAAAUGAACUUUUUUUUGAGAAAACCACUGUGAAACUAAAUUGUACUGUUAUUGUUGGCUUACCUGUGUGUUCAGCAAUCUCAGCCCAAAAUUGUGUUGUAGUUUAAAAAAAAAUGGAAAAUUCUGCUCUAAUGAAUGUAACAACGGCUUGCUGUGAAGUUUACAUUGUUGUACAGAAGCAUGUUUCACAUGUAGGUAAACUGGUGGUGGUAUUAGAAAUACAAAUGCUAUUUAAUUUCAACAAAUUCCCUUUAUUCAUUUCUGAAAUUACAGGACACAGUUUAACUGAUAAACCUUUCUAGACUGAUUUAUUUUUCACAUUAAUGUUAAUAACAGAGCUAUGGGGUAUAUGUGUGUGUGAGUGUGUGAUUAUGUGUUGUAUUUUAAAACAAUUGAUUUUCUUAGGCAAAAUUUUAUGGUUUUUAUCCCUUCUGUUUAGGAAGUGUUUCCUGCUUGGCAACAUAGGCUAAAAAAUAAGUUUUUAGAACAUUGGCACAAUUCAUCUAUUGGAAGAUUAAUAUAUUGAGGGUUUUUUGGUAUUAAUUCUGUGCAAUAACUAAAAGGGCACAUCACAAGAUAUGGAUGUUGAAGAUGCAUUCAGUAGGCCAUUGUGAUUUCUUCCUGUCUGUGCUAUGCAUAGCCUACACGGCAAUGCAGUUCCACCACAUUGGUUUCAUGGCUUCGUUUAAAACUAGAUGGCUAGAUUAGCUAGGUUUUCAAAUCGCUAGGAUGUAAACAGUAAGCAGAUUUCUGACACACAAAUUAUGUUCAAGUGACUGCUUUUUUCAAGCAGCAGAUAUCUUAUGGAGAGCUUUGAACUGCAUUUAUUUCUAAAGCAACCGAAAUUCAGUGCUACAAACAGAGGAUUAUAACUUCAGGAGAAGAAUAAGCAGAAGGAGCAGAUGAACUCUCAGGGCCAUAGUCUUCCUUUGAUCUUGUAAAACUCCCAUUGACAUCUGGAGUUCCCAGUCUGGUGAGAAAAUAGACUAUAAACUAAAUGGAACAAAGAUCCAAUCCAAUAUUUUGGUGGAGACUUUAAAAGCAUACAUAUAGGGACUCUCCUGCCAUCCAGAAAAACUGACAUAAGGUACAGAAUUAUUCUUUAUCAAAAUGUUUUUUUAGGUGGCUAUUAGGGAUCUUUAAGAAUAUUAAUUGUUUAUAUGGAAAUGCAACUAAGUGUUAUUUUCUUUGUCUAAAUUAAGAAAUCUCUUGUGCUAUUUAUAAUUUUUUCUGGUUCUUAUGUUUUUAAAAAUCUAAAAUUAAUGGUAUCAAUGUUUUCUUCCUUUUUCUUCCCCCCCCCCCAGGUCUUUUCUUAACAACAAUGAAUUCACAUGGAAUAAUUUUAAAAAGACAACAGAUACAAUCUGCUUUUCAAACCAAAUUAUGAUUUAAAGCCAAUUUUAAAAAUGCAAGAAGGAAAAUGGGAUGGGAUAUGGAGUUGGGACUGUUUAAUUUUUAAAGAUUAUUGUUAUUGGUUAAUGUUAACGUAUUUCCUCUGUUUUUUAGAGGAUAAAAGUGUUGUUUUUAAAUUGGCAAAUGCACUCUUCAGAAAUCCUUUUCCAUCUCAUCGACAUGGAGAGGUUAAAGGUUCAAUUUCAUGGCCUCUAUGCAGGCAGUACUCUCACAGGAUGCAAGAGCAUUACCUGCAAGGAUAGAAUGCAGUUGUACAACAGAGACACAUUCUUACUUCUCUUGGUUUUCUGUUUUUAAUGACCCUCUUAUUGAAUAUUAGGCUGAAAUAUAAUUUUAAAAAACACGUUGGAAAGGAUGUACAACACAAGGCUAUGUAUGUAUAUACCGUAUGUCAAAAAGCCUUUUAUUUUUAUACUUCAAAUGCUCUAAAUUAAUAAAACAUAAUAAUUA